AUGGACGCCGCCAGUCUGUUCAAUGUCAAGGGCAAGGUCGUCCUGGUCACCGGCGGAGCCAAGGGCAUCGGCCGCAUGAUCGCGGAAGGCUUCGUCACCAACAGCGCAAAAGUCUACCUCACCGGCCGCGACCCCAAGGCCCUCGACCAGGCCGUCGCCGAGCUCACCCCGAUCGCCACCCGCGCCGGCGCCCCCGUCCCCGUCGCGAUCCCCGCCAACCUCCAGGAGCUCAAGGCCUGCGAGGACCUCGUCGCCCGCAUCACAUCCCUCGAGCCCAAGGGCCUGCACGUCCUCGUCAACAACGCCGGCGCCGCCUGGGGCGCCAGCAUCGACGAGUACCCGGACGCGGCGUGGACCAAGGUCCUCACCCUCAACCUCCAGCGCGCCUUCACCCUCAGCCAGCUCUGCCUGCCCCUCCUCACCGCCGCCGGCACCCACGGCGACCCCGCGCGGAUCAUCCACAUCGGCAGCAUCGACGGUCUCCGGGUCCCCAUCAUCAACAACUACGCUUACAGCGCGUCCAAGGCGGGACUGCACCAUCUUUCCUCGCACUUGGCGCGCGACCUCGGCCCCCGCCACAUCACCAGCAACGUCCUCGCCUGCGGGCCCUUCGCCACCAAGAUGAUGAAGGCCACUCUCGACUCGAUGGGCGAGUACAUUCGCAGCGAGAUGCCCCUUGGGCGCACUGGGGAGCCUGAGGAUGUGGCCGGCGCUUCAUUGUUCCUGGCCAGCAAAGCUGGGGCUUUCGUGAAUGGCGCUUUGAUCCGGGUUGAUGGAGGCGCAUCCCUGGUCUCGAAGAUCUAA